UGGCGGCUCCGCGGCGCGGGCCCGGCGCGAUGGCGGGGCCGGGGCCCGGAGCGGCCCCUCCGCGCCUGGCGCUGGCCCUGGCGCUGCUGGCCGCGCUGCUGGCCGCCAAGUACUACCGGGACGCGGAGGCGGCGCGGCAGCAGGAGCUGGCUCUCAAGUCCUUGGGGAAUGAGGGGCUGUUCCUCUUCUCCUCCCUGGACACCAACAAGGACCUGUACCUGAGCCCAGAGGAGUUCAAACCCAUUGCUGAGAAGCUCACAGGGGUUGCUCCAGUGUCAGAGUCUGAAGAGGAGGAGACACCAGAUCCAGAUGGGGAGACUCUGUCCGUCGUGGCCAAGUUCCAGCCCCUGCUCAUGGAAACAAUGACGAAGAGCAAGGAUGGCUUCUUGGGAAUUUCCCACGUGGCUCUGUCUGGGCUCAGGAACUGGACAGCCCCAGCAGCCCCCAUGAGUGUCCUGCUUGCCAGGCAGUUCAAAGCCUUCCUCCCUCCAAAGGACAACCUGGAUCUUGGGGAGCCCUGGUGGAUCAUUCCCAGUGAGCUGAACAUCUUCACUGGGUAUCUGUCCAACAACAGGUUUUACCCUCCACCUCCCAAGGGCAAAGAGGUGCUCAUCCACAGGCUGCUGAGCAUGUUCCACCCGCGCCCCUUCGUCAGGACGCGCUUCGCCCCGCAGGGAGCCGUGGCCUGCCUCCAGGCCAGCAGCAGCUUCUACUACAGCGUGGCAUUCCGGAUCCACGCUGAAUUCCAGCUGAACGAGCCACCAAACUUCCCCUUCUGGUUCUCCCCGGGGCAGUUCACAGGUUACAUUGUCCUGUCCAAGGACUCCUCCCACGUCAGGGACUUCAGGCUCUUUGUUCCCAACAACAGGUCCCUGAACGUGGACAUGGAGUGGCUCUACGGGGCAAGCGAGAGCAGCAACAUGGAGGUGGACAUUGGAUACCUGCCCCAGAUGGAGCUGGAGGCCACAGGGCCCUCGGUGCCCUCCGUGAUCCACGAUGAGGACGGGAAGGUCCUGGCCAGCAGGGACCCCUCGGGGGAGCCCAUCCAGUUUGUGUUUGAGGAGAUCACCUGGCAGCAGCAGAUCCCCUGGCAGGAGGCGGCCCACAGGCUGGAGGUGGCCAUGUACCCAUUUAAGAAGGUCUCCUACCUGCCCUUCACAGAAGCCUUUGAGAGAGCACGAGCAGAGAAGAAGCUGGUGCACUCCAUCCUGCUCUGGGGGGCCCUGGAUGACCAGUCCUGCUGAGGUUCGGGGCGAACUCUCCGGGAAACCGUCCUGGAAAGUUCGCCCAUCCUCGCCCUGCUCAACGAGAGCUUCAUCAGCAGCUGGUCCCUGGUCAAGGAGCUGGAGGAGCUGCAGAGCAACAGAGAGAAUGAGCUCCACAGCAAACUGGCCAAGCUGCACCUGGAGAAAUACAACUUCCCUGUGGAGAUGAUGAUCUGCCUCCCCAACGGCACGGUGGUUCACCACAUCAAUGCCAACUAUUUCCUGGACAUUACUUCCAUGAAGCCUGAAGAUGUUGAAAGCAGCAUCUUUAGUUUCUCAACCAAUUUUGAAGACCCUUCAACUGCAACUUACCUCCAGUUCCUGAAGGAAGGGCUGCACAGAGCAAAACCUUACCUGCAGCCCUAAAAGCAGGCACUGAAUGCCCCUCUGAGAUGGCCAAAGACUCCAGAGAUCUAUUUUGGUUACAGCAAAUCCUCCUGAUCCCCGUGGCAGGUGUUGAACUGCAGCAGUCCCAGCUCUGGGUCCUGGUGUGAGCUGAAUUCCAGUUCCACAGCCUGCCCCUCUCACUGCAGGCACAUUUCUGCAGGAGUGCAAAUACCUGAACACAUCCCAGUGCCCCUGCCUGGGUGUGCACCCACCCUCAUUGCCCUGGAACUGGCCUGCAGGACUUGCUGGGUGCAGGGACAGCACUGCCAUCGUGACCAAACACUCGUGCUGAGCACAGAGCCAGCAGCCCUGGGCAGUCCCUGUCCCCUGGGGCCAGCUCUGGAUCUGGCUGUGACAGUCUGUGUGACAGGACUGGGGCUGCCCUGAGCUCCUGUGGCACCUGCUGGCCUGGGUCAGGCAGGGUCUGACCCUGAGGGUGGCACAGGGACAGCAGGAUGGGCAUUAGGGACAGUGACAGUCUGUGUGACAGGACUGGGGCUGCCCUGAGCUCCUGUGGCACCUGCUGGCCUGGGUCAGGCAGGGUCUGACCCUGAGGGUGGCACAGGGACAGCAGGAUGGGCAUUAGGGACAGUGACAGUCUGUGUGACAGGACUGGGGCUGCCCUGAGCUCCUGUGGCACUGGUGGCCUUGCCCUGAGAGUGGCACAGGGACACCAGGAGUGGGCACCAGGGCAUCAGAGGGGUGAGCUGAGGAUCAGUGUGAGCUCCCCAGUGAGCCCAGGCUGAAGGACACAGCAGUGAGCAGUGUCCCAGCCACCCAUCCAUCCCUCCCAGCAGCUCUGGCACCUUGGAGCUGCUGCUCUGUCCCUGUGUGCUUUGAACCAUGAAGUUCCUUCUGGGAACUUCCCUCCUGCCUGGGGACUGGGCAGCUCUAAAAGCCAGCAGUGCAAAAAGGUAUUUUCAGGAAUUUUUUCCAAAGAGAUUGUUCAGACACAAAGCCAUUAUCCCUCACCUGAAGCCACCCUGAGCAGUUGUUCCUGCUCUGUGCCAAUGCCUGGAUCAGAAUGAGCAUCAUUUUGUGAUUUGGAGAAGGAGAGGUUGAGUGAAAUGGGAUUUAAGGCAAAUUCCUACAGACAUGUGAGGGGACAAAGCAUCCUCAGUAGCUGCCUGCAGCCAGCCCUGGCUGCUGAUGCUUUUUCUGCUCUCUGAAGCACAAUUGUGUUGGACCAAAUCAAAUUAAGGGAAAAGCCUUUUUUUUUGUUUUUAAUUUUCAGUGCUGGGAGGAGCCUGGUGGUGGCAAUUCCCCUGUCCCCACCCUGGUCCAUACCUGAGCCUGGAGACUGAGCUUAGCUCUGGGCUGAACCGGUGCCACUUCACUAAUUGCUCUAGUGAGACUAAUUAAUGACCCUGGGAUGGUUGGCUUUGUAACUAUGCAUUAACUCUGCACUUUCCACACCCCGGUGGGACAGGCUGGGGUCAGGGCAGCCCUUGGGGCCCUUCCAUCCCCGCAGGGCUCAGCCUUUGGGAUCCCACCGAGUUCAUUUUUAUUUCAUUCUCUCCUGAGCUCCCCCAGCCACCUGUGCAGGGGGAGCCCCAAAGCCACCCCCGAGCCUGGGGGACCCCGAGGGGUCACAGCCCGUGUCCCUUUUCCCGUGCCAGGCUGCGGGGCUCCAUCAGUGCGUGCCAAGUGUUGUCCCCUUUCCCUCGGUGUGUUCUCCCCAUUCCCUCUCUGUGUCCCCCCGUUCUCGGUCCGUUCUCUCUGUAUGGGCUCCGCCGCCGCCCCUGCCGUGCCUGGUGACGCCCCGGCCCGAAACCCGCGGCGGGCCCGGGCCGAUGUCGGCCGGGAGGGGCGGCGGAGCGGCCCCGGUAAAACCAAAACCAUCCGUGCAUCA